CAGCCGGCCUGGCCCGGCAGCCGGCAGCCGGCCGGUUUCAGUUUGCUUCUAGCAGCCGAUGCGCGUCGACGUGUUGGUCGUGUCGUGUCUCUGCCGGCGUCCGCGAGCGUCCACGUCGUAGGGACUUACGCGAACAAGUGUGUGUGUGUGUAAAGUGUGUGCACCUCGACAUGCGUCGGGGUGACUGUGAAGUGUUCCAAGUGCAAGUGAUGUGUGCUCCGCUGUGAGUGAUAACCGAGGAUAACUAGUGCAUUACCGACAAGGCUCCGUCACCAUCAUGAGGUUACUCCUCGUGCCGGCGGUGCUGCUGGCGCUGGCCGGGGCCUCGACGGCGUCCCCCGGCGCGCACGUUACCCUCCUCAAGUGCUGCCCCUACGGCGAGACCCUCGACCCCCACACCGCGGACGGGCCCGCGACGUGCAUGCGCGUGGAGAACGCGAGCGAGUCGUGGCUGCCCAAGAUCUUCUCCAAGCGGCAGCGCAGCUACCUCAAGACGCUGCCCGCGCACUGGACGGUGCACCCGGCGUCGCCACCGCCCUGCGGCGCCCGCGCCCGCAUGGUGCCCGCGCACCCGCACAACCAGCCCGUCUUCCUGCUGUUCGAGGACGGCAGCCUCUACCUGCACGAGACCAACGAGAUCCUGGGCUCGGCGCGCUUCUGCGUCGACUCGACGGCGGCCAUCAUCUGCCUGCCCAAGGACGACGGCGACGCGUCGUCGCCGUCGCAGCCGCCGUCGGCGACGUCGGCGGCCUCGGUGGCCAAGGCCAACUCGAUCGAGGAGGCCAAGCCCGUCAAGCGGCAGCGCCUGCGCAAGUGCUGCAUCGGCGACGCCGUGUACAGCGAGACGGACGCGUCGUGCGUGACCCGGGCGUCCACCAAGGUGGCGGCCGGCGCCGACCUCUGGACGUCGGCCGGCGAGCACCUCCGCGACGCGUUCACCGUCAUCACCGGCUUCCCGGCGUGCCGCAAGCCGGGCUUCGCCGUCCGCGGCUACCUGGGCGACGGCCCCGCGCCGGGCACCACGCCCGCGGCGCGCCUCGAGGCCGACGGCAUGGUGUGGGUGGGCGGCUCGCGCCUCAAGCUGCAGCCCGACGACUACUGCCUCGAGAUCAUGGUGGAGGCCAACGGCGCCGUGGUCAUGGCGUGCCCCGGCGAGGACGCCAAGCCGGACAAGGGCGCCGACCUGCGCUUCACCUGGUUCCCGGCCAUGCUCUUCCUCAGCGUCUUCUUCCUGGCGGCCACGCUGCUGGCCUCGUGCCUGCUGCCCGCCGCCUACCACCAGCUGCACUGGCGCUGCCAGACCAACUACGUGGCGUCCCUCAUGCUGGGCGACCUCUUCCUCGCCAUCACGCAGGUGUCGGGCGCCGCGCUCGCCGGCCCUUUCUGCGUCGUGUUCG